GCCCCGCCCCUGCGUUGUGGCUCCAGGGGAAGAGACUGAGCCUGGGGACAGGCUUGCAGACCACGUGACUGUCCUGGGACCCGCCCCAUCAGAGGCCCAAGAGUCGGCCUAGGCUGAAGCGUCUGCCUUUGCGCCUGCGCCAAAGUCCAGCGCCUCACAGUCUCUUCGCAAGUGCCGAAGCCUGUGAGGGGAGGGGCGAGGGGUUUCUCCACCUAUAGGGAGCCUCGGCGGCUUUACGUCAGUUCCGGCGCCCCUGCGAGGUGGAUAAGGAGGCCCCGACUGGGAGCGCGUCCUUCUUUUCCCGGGCGGCGGCGGCCAUGGCAGACGGUCAGGUGCUGGUGAUCGACGGGCGGGGCCAUCUGCUGGGCCGCUUGGCGGCCAUCGUGGCCAAGCAAGUUCUCUUGGGCCGGAAGGUGGUGGUGGUCCGCUGCGAGGGCAUCAACAUUUCUGGCAAUUUUUACAGAAAUAAACUGAAGUACCUGGCCUUCCUCCGGAAGCGAAUGAACACUAACCCAUCUCGAGGUCCCUACCACUUCAGAGCUCCCAGCCGCAUUUUCUGGAGGACUGUGAGAGGGAUGCUUCCCCACAAGACCAAGCGAGGCCAGGCCGCCCUGGAGCGCCUCAAGGUGUUCGAUGGCAUCCCUCCUCCCUAUGACAAGCGAAAGCGCAUGGUUGUCCCAGCUGCUCUCAAAGUAGUCAGGCUGAAGCCAACUAGAAAGUUUGCCUAUCUGGGGCGCCUAGCUCAUGAGGUUGGCUGGAAGUAUCAGGCAGUGACUGCUACAUUAGAGGAGAAGAGGAAGGAGAAAGCCAAGAUUCACUAUAGAAAGAAGAAGAAGCUCACGAAACUACGCAAGCAAGCAGAGAAGAAUGUGGAAGGCAAAAUCCACAAAUAUACAAAAGUGCUGAAGAAGCACGGGCUGCUGGUGUGAGUCCAAUAAAGUCUAUGCUCUCCUGGCCA